AUGUAUGGUCCUCCUCCUCCACCUCCCUAUCACAGUCACAUUAUGAAUAUAUAUGAUAAUCAGCUAGCAAGUACAAGACAUGAAGAUUAUGAAAUCAUCCUCGAAGAAGAACAACCUUCAAGUGAUGAUCAACAAUCUAACCAACGUCCCAAAAAAAGAACGUACCGCCGCCAUACACAAGAGCAGAUUCAAGAAAUGGAAGCUGCCUUCAGGAAGAAUCCUCACCCAGAUGACAAGCAAAGAAAAGAGAUGGGUGCUCGGUUAGGGUUAGAGCCUCUGCAAAUCAAGUUCUGGUUUCAAAACCGGCGUACUCAGCUUAAGGUUCAAAAUGAAAGGGAAGAGAAUAGUGCUUUGAAGGCUGAGAUUGAAAAACUUCAAAGUGAGAUGAAUAGGUACAAGGAGGCUAUAGGUAAUACUGCAUGCAACGUGUGUGGAAGCAUAGCUACCAUUGGUGAAAUGUCCCGUGAGGAGCAGCAACUUAAGUUGGAGAAUGCUCUCUUAAGAAAAGAGCUUGAAAAGUUUGCGGGCGGGGGCGAGACAUCGACGAAUCCUACGGAUACUCAUACCAUCAUAUCAUCCUCAAACAACAGCAAUCACGCGCCUUCACGGUCUAUCAAUGUUCGAGUUGUUGGGAGGACUAGUAACUAUAAUGGAGCACAAAAUGGAAUGGUAGGAGAAGCAUAUACUGGUGGUAAUGGUGGUGAGCUUACAAGUUCUUUAGUUCCAGCUAGAGAAUAUGUUGAUGACAAACGCAGUAUUAUUGAGCUUGCUGUGUUAGGAAUGGAUGAAGUAAUGAGAUUGGCUAAGACAUGUGGGCCCCCUCUAUGGCUCUCUACCAACUAUUACACUGAGAUUCUAAAUGCAGAUGAAUACAUGAAGAAUUUCCUUAGGGUUAAUGGUCCUAAUCCAUUUGGGUUAAGGCCUGAAGGUUCUAAAGAGUCUGGUGUGAUCAUUAUGAAUCCUAUUAAUCUGGUUGAUAUCCUUAUGGAUGUGAAUCGAUGGUCAAGUAUGUUUUGCGGCAUUGUUGCAAGAGCAUCAACAAACAAAGUACUGUCAACUGGAGUGGCAGGAAACUACAAUGGAGCCUUGCAAGUGAUGAUAGCUGAAUUUCAAGUUCCUUCACCAUUUGUUCCUAUUCGCGAAAACUAUUUCGUGCGAUACUGUAAACUGCAUGAAGAUGGCAUAUGGGCAGUGGUUGAUGUUUCAUUGGAUAAUCUUCUACCUGCAUCUAGCUGUUGUUCUGUCCCAAGACCCCAAAGAAGACCCUCUGGUUGUUUAAUUCAAGAACAACCAAAUGGUUACUCUAAGGUUACAUGGAUUGAACAUGCACUAGUGAAUGAUAACGCGGUGCAGAAUUUUUAUGCACCUCUAAUUAAUUCUGGACUCGCAUUUGGCGCGAAACGCUGGGUGGCUACGUUACAAAGACAAUGCGAACGUCUGGCGUGUUCAAUGUCCAACAACAUACCAAUUGCUGGAGAUCUCGGAGUUAUGAUGAGUCCAGAGGGAAAGAAAAGUAUGUUGAAGCUCGCGGAACGAAUGGUGACUAGCUUUAGUACUAGUAUUGGUGCUGCUUCAAAUCAUGCUUGGACAAACGUACACUCAGAUGGAUCAGAGCAUGUGGUUAAGGUCAUGACAAAGAAAUACGUCGAUGAAUCGGGUAGUGGCAGCAGAUCCCCCGGCGUAGUGCUUAGUACUGCUACUUCUUUUUGGCUUCCCAUUCCUCCAAGAAGGACUUUUGAUUUUCUUCGUGACGAAAACACCAGAUGUCAGUGGGAUAUUCUCUCGAACGGAGGUAUAGUUACAGAAAUGGCUCACAUUGCAAAUGGUCGUGAUUCUGGAAGCGCUGUCUCUUUACUUCGAGUUAACAGUUCGAACUCAAUGCAGAGUAAUAUGGUGAUACUGCAAGAGAGUUGUGCUGAUAUAACAGGUUCAUAUGUAGUAUAUGCACCUGUGGAUAUAUCUUCCAUGAAUGUAGUCUUGAAUGGAGAAGAUUCGAAUACUGUUUCUCUAAUUCCAUCCGGAUUCGCUAUUUUUCCGGACGGGAUUCUACAAAAUCGAGAACCGAUUACGAAUGUUGGAUCUGGAGGUUCUCUUAUCACAGUUGGAUUUCAGAUUUUGGUUGAUUCUGUUCCACAUGCAAGACUAGCUUUGGGUUCUGUCAGCACUGUUCAGCAAUUGAUCAAGUCCACUGUGGAAAGGAUUAAGGUUGCAGUGAUGCCUAAUGUCACGCUUAAUGUCACCUAA